AUGGGAAAUAAUAUGCAAACUGCCUAUUCAGAUGAAGACCAAGUGUUUAACACGUACGUUUAUGGUGAACACAACACUCCCAUGGCCAUAUGGCCUCCUCCUCCAAAUCAGGAGGUACCAAUUGUUGCUUUUCAGAACGAUGAAGCUCUGGCUAUAGCCCUGCAUUUGGAGGAAAUGGGGGAUGACUUUCAGAAUUUGUCCGUGGAAGAAGCACCCCGUUGGGCUGGAAACCAAGAUAAUGUGGAUCCAGAUGGGAUGAGUUAUGAGGAAUUGCGGAGAUUAGAAGAAUCUAGUGGCAGUGUAAGCAAAGGGCUACCAAAAGACGUUAUUUCCCGGUUACCAUCUCAUAAGUACAAGCCACCACCAAAGAAAAAGGGAAAAUCUACAGAUGAAAAUACAGAGUAA